AUGAUAAACUCAACUCAACCUCCAAUCAUUAGAAAAAAUAAUCAUCAUUUUCAUUCUCAAAUUCCAUCACCUAUGACUUUAAAUCGAUCUAUAAAUGAAACAACAUGUACAACAGUAACUAAUAUUCCAUGUCAUCUUAUCAAGCACAAACAAUCACAUGAAAAAUCAUCAGAAAUAGAAUAUCAUACAAUUCCAACAUUAUUUCUUCAUCAACCUUCAGGUUUGAAAAAAACAUCUUCUAAUCUAUGCAAUAUUUUUCAUUCAUUAUCUUUUGAUAAUAUUCCAUCAAAAAAUACUGAUGAUGAUAAUCCACUAAUUUCAGAUGAAUAUCAAAUAAACUUAACUACUAAUAACGAACAAUUUCAGGAAUUAAAGAAACAAUUUCAUACAUAUUUGAAUGAUAUUCAAUGUAAUAUCUUAUCUCGUGUUAUUGAAUUACUUUCAUUGUGUAAUCAUUUAAAUGAUGAACAAAUCAAAGAUUUAUUACAUAAGAUUGGUCUUUCAAAUAUCGAUAUUGAUGAUAUUAAUCGAUUUAAAAUGAAUGAUAGACGAAGAUCUGUCAAUGAAAGAUUUAAAAAUCUUCAAAACAACAUUAAAUGA